UUUGACAUCUAAAAUGGGCCUUCAGAACGCCGAGAACAUCCCGCAUCUCACGUUUAGCCGGAGAACCGGAUAAAGACACACGGAUAAAUAUAGGAAGCGUUUAAACCUAGUGGAUCAGUCAACUUUUAAUCCUUGUGUGAGCAGUUUUACACGGUUUUUGCUUUUGUUUUGUUUUGUUUGUUUUUUUUUACACCCGCAUUGUGUUUGUGUUUAAUCAUUUCCCUAGCAGCUGGAUUGUCCUCAAAGAAACAUCAAUUUUGUUGUUGUUGUUUUUUUUUUUUUUUUGCUCUAAGCUUUGUGUGAUCCUGCUGGUUUGGUCGAGCAAAGCUAGCUUAGCUUAGCUGAAGUUAGUUGUUAGCCGAAGGCUAGUCGUGCUAACAGAUUGUGCACGCGCCUGUUUUCAUUUCUAGAACAUUCCAAAGAAAUCUGAGGUAAUUUUUUUUUUUUUUUUUUUUUUACAACCCCAUAAUAAUCACGAGGAUUCGGGUUCAGUUUCACUUGGAGAAGAAAGAAACACCAAGAAACUGACAUGAUGUUUCCACAAGCCAGGCACUCGGCCGCAUCUCAAUCAGCACAACCGCUAAAGUUCACCACCUCGGACUCCUGCGACCGCAUUAAAGACGAGUUCCAGUUUCUCCAAGCACAAUAUCACAGUCUAAAGCUGGAGUGUGAUAAACUGGCCACAGAGAAAUCAGAGAUGCAGCGUCACUACAUCAUGUACUACGAGAUGUCAUACGGGCUCAACAUUGAGAUGCACAAACAGGCUGAGAUUGUAAAGAGGCUGAAUGCCAUAUGUGCUCAGGUGCUGCCUUACCUGUCCCAAGAGCAUCAACAGCAGGUCCUGGGAGCGAUUGAGAGAGCUAAGCAGGUCACUCCACCAGAGAUGAACUCAAUAAUUCGGCAGCAGCUCCAGGCCCACCAGCUCUCUCAGCUGCAGGGUUUGGCUCUGCCUAUGACCCCUUUGCCCCUGGGCUUGAACCCCCCGACCCUGCCUUCCUCGUCCUCCUCAUCUUCCACCGCUCCGGGUCUCUUCUCUCUCUCCAGCAUCCUGGCGUCACACGCUCACCUCGCCAAGGAAGAGAAGAACGCCCGUGAUGCCGCGAACAGCGCUGACUCGCACCGCGACGACGACGGAGACAAAUCCGACUAAGCCCACUUUAAUGCUUCUUACAGCGAGGCAACGAGAGCACAGAGAGACAAUGAUGAGAACACUGCAUUGUUUUGUUUUUCUUCUUGCAUCCUUCUUCUAAAGCCUCUUGCUUUUCUGAAUGCAUGCCGUCGUUUAAGUCCUUUUUAGUCAGUGUGUUAAAACCUACCUUUUUUUGCUGGCCCUGAUUUCCUUUACUGUGUUUGGUUUUGUUCGAGCUCUUAUUAUUCCUCUGUGGGAUCCACGGCUUCCUGCAGUCUGUUAGACUUUCAGAUAUCAUCCUGUAGAGCUCCUUCUCAUACGAACUCGUCCUCAGUCUAAACCCAGAAGCUUCUGGAUUAAACCGAGGACACGAUCCUCUUUCCAGACGCUCAGACAAUCCGUUAUUUCUUUAUUCCCGCGAUGUACACGUGGCAGAAUCGGAUAUAGUUUGGAAGAUCUUGUUAAAGCACAAUUACCCAAAUCAGAAAUGUCUUAAUAGAGGACCUGUAGAACCCAAUUAUUAUUAUUUUUUUUUUUUUUUUUGCUCGCUCUAUCUUGUGUUUAUUAUCUGGAUAAAAUUUUGCAUCUCAAAAAUCGUUAAAGGUGCGCAUCGUGAUCGUUAUAAGUGAUUCCAGAUCUAUCGUAUCUUAAUCAUAUCAUUUUUAAAGAUCCCUUAGGGAAAAAAUGACUUCUUUUCUUUCCAUCAAAGUCUUAUCAAUCGUUUCUUUAUUUCAGCGUCUUGUUUAUAUUUUUCCACUCCACCCCAAAAGACUUAAGGUACAAUGUCUUGCAUAAAUAUUCACUACUUAUGAACUGGACAGCAUGGUGGUGGUAGCAUCACGUAGGAGGGUGGGGAGGAGACAGUUAUUCAGAGAAGCAACCAUGCAUGAUCUGAGCUACCACCACCAUGCUUCACUGUGUAGAGAUUCUUGAUCCUGUGUGUUCAUUUCACUUCCAGUUUUUUUUUUUAAAACACUUUAGAAGUUCAUGUGUUUAGCUGCUUUGUGUGUCUUAGGACUUUAGGGUUUUUUUUUUUUUUUGGGAUUACUUUCCCAGUAAUUAUAUUUUUUUGUCUUAACCGCAAGAGACGAAAAAUCAGAGAAAGAGAAAGAGAGAGAGAGACUGAUGAGGGAACAACUGUUUAUAGCUGAUGUCAUGUAAGUGGUUGAAAUUUUCAGCAUUAAGCGUAAUUAUAAAUGGAUAAACAGCACAGUGUGUCAUUCCGAUGUAAUAGCUGCCAAAGCGAUGUGGUCAGAGAGGAAUAAAACGCUUCAGAAAUAACCACGUCGUUAGUUUCCUAUAACCGCAUGCUGCAUUGUGGUCGUUUUAUUUUUAUUCUCUUUUUAUUUUUACGUUUCAUAUCAACGCUCACAUUUUAUUAUCUUCCCUCACAGUCAAAAGCAGACUAAUGGAGUGUGUAAGCUAGAACAUGUUCCUCUUCUGCUAGCAAAAGGAGGUGUAUUGUUUUGCAUCUUCUCUCCUCCUUUCCCACGCCCCCACCCCCGCUCUCGCUCUCUUUCUCUCUCUCUCUCUCUCUCUCUCUCUCUCUCUCUCUCUCUCUCUCUCUCUCUCUCUCAGCUAGGUGUGUGUUGUGGAUGGUGAAUUUGUGCCAUAUACACAGAAAGACGGAGUAUAUUUGUGCUCAUAGUAUGCCCCCCCCCCCGCCCCAAGAAAAAAAGUGCAGUUUUACUUUGACGCAACCAGAACGCACUUUCAGUCUGAGAUAUUCUUUGAAGCUUGCACUCCUGUGAUCUUUCAGAAGUGAGCACUUAGUUUGAAAUCCGUUUCCUGAACGAAUCGAUUUUUACCCAACUACGACUGCACGAAUUAAUGGUCUUUAUAGAUCCUUUUUGGUGAUGCACAUUUUUUCCUCCCUUUACAAAAGGAAAUUAACACUGAAACCGACACGUCUGCCAUCAGCGUUCGGCUGUAAUCUGCAACUCGAGAGCCGUUUUGCACAAGACUACAGAGAAAUCUUUUACAACUGACAGAUGUCAGGCUUAAGAAUGCAAAUAUGGCUUAUUUCUUUAAGUACAAAAGAACAGGUGAUGUUUUAGUGCGUCGUAUUAAAGAGGACGUACACAGAAAGGUUCGAAUCACAACCGUAAAUGGCAGCAAUGUGGUUUAGUGCAGAAUCAGUUUUAAAGAAGCCAGGUUAUGACACUGAUUGGAAUUUCACCGUCACAUAAAAAUUGCUGAAUGAGGAUAAAACUCGAGUGUGAUCCUUUGGAAGAGCAGGAUCAUAUUAAAGAAUAACAAUUUCUGCACUUUUUUUUUUUUCUUUUUCUCCCCAAAUGUUUUCUUUGAACAGAAUUUAUUUCUGUCAUGUCACCACAGGGGGGCAGAAUUUCCCUAAGAACAUGUAGUGCCUGUUGUGAAAAUACAGUGUAUUGGUCAUGUUUGGCUUUUACUACCUAUUGUACAAAUAUGUUAUAAUCCAGGGUUCGUCGACUCCUAGGCUGGAGACGGAACAGUUGGUGGAUUUCCGGGUUUCUGCAUCGAUGUUUGUUUAAUGGGGUUGUUGGAGCAGGGAAAUGGUCAAAUUGCUAAUCUCUGAUCUAACAGGACUGCAAAGAGAAGAAAGGUGCAGAGUUCAUUAUGAACAUGCUGUGUGUGCUGUGUAGAAACAUGUCUGGGAAGGAAGGUGUGUGUGUGUCUGGGAAGGAAAGUGUGUGUGUGUCUGGGAAGGAAAGUGUGUGUGUGUGUGUGCGUGUCUGGGAAGGAAAGUGUGUGUGUCUGGGAAGGAAAGUGUGUGUGUGUGUGUGUGUGUGUGCGUGUCUGGGAAGGAAAGUGUGUGUGUGCGUGUCUGGGAAGGAAAGUGUGUGUGUGUGUGCGUGUCUGGGAAGGAAAGUGUGUGUGUGUGUCUGGGAAGGAAAGUGUGUGUGUGCGUGUGUGUGUGUGUCUGGGAAGGAAAGUGAGUGUGUGUAUGUCUGGAUGUCUGGGAAGGAAAGUGUGUGUGUAUGUAUGUCUGGGAAGGAAAGUGUGUGUGUCUGGGAAGGAAAGUGUGUGUGUGUGUGUAUGUCUGGAAAGGAAAGUGUUUGUGUGUGUGUGUGUAUGUCUGGAAAGGAAAGUGUGUGUGUGUGUGUGUCUGUGUGUGUUAGAAUAGGGAUAGAAAAGCAUAGUUUUUCACACAUAGUGUAUGUCUCUUAGAUGUCAUCAUACAACCCUGUCAAUCAACAACUGUGCUGAUAAGGACACUAGCAUGCUGGUGUUUGAUGAUAAAUUAAAAAUGUAAAAGAUUUACUAAACAUUUUGUCAUGUAGUCAUUCAGCUCGGAUGAAAGAAAGAAAAUAUCUACACAUUACAAUUAAAUGUUAAAUUAAAAUUGCCUUAGAAAAAAAUGGUUUCAUUAAACCUACAUUUCUGCUCAUUUCUAUACCGGUAUAAAGGAUUUAAAUACUGGUCACUUUUUUCUUCUUCAUCUUCAUCUUUAUCUUUAUCUCUCUCCUCAAGUUUGCAUUGCCGUAGUUCUGUUGAGUGCACUUGAUCUCAAUGACGAAUUGAUCUCUACGCAGUGGGGGAUAUUAGGGGUUUAAACAGGGAAGUAAGACAAGUUCACAAAAUCUUACUGGAAAGAUUCAAACCAAUCGAAUAGUGUGUGUGUGUGUGUUUAUGUUGUGAAGGGACAAUUUCUAAUAUGUAUAAAUAUAUCAAUAUACAUAUACUUUUGUAAACAUUUUGUAUGUAUAAAGCUACAUUUAUCGUGUGUGUGUUUGUGAAGGAAAUGUAGUGUAUGCGGAUUUGAUGACCGACUGACCGAGAGCCUGUCCAGUAUAUUGAUUGAGACCUACAUUGAAAUACGUAGCUGUAUUUCAGGAAAGAUAAACACAAUACAUUGGCUGUAGAUGUUACACUAGGUAGCAAUCGGCACAUCUUUUCAUGGACCUGAAGUAUUUGUUCUCCUUUUU